ACAACAUCACCUGCAAUUGCACCUAUAACCCCUCAUCCGCGUAGGUCCACGCACGACCUACACGCUUACACGCCCCUGCAUCUGAGCUUUUACACGCGCUACCCCUCGUAGCACCGCCCGUGCGCCUUUCGCUGGGCGAUUACACACCCCCCCCUUUUUUUCCCUUGGGAACGCCUCGGCCGAGGACAAACUGUGAAGCCUCGGAGGAACACAGAGCCACGCGACGAUGGAGAAGACGGAGCCCUUUCCGGUGCUAGAUGAGCGGGUUAAUAGGCUGCUGCCGGAGGAGACGACGGGCGCGAGCGUUCAGAAGAAGGUCCAGAGGAGGAGGAAGAGCAGUGGACUGGGGGGAGAGAUCCGGGCGGGAGAUACUGGUGUGCCGGCCAUUGCGACGAUGGAGUUGAAAAUGCAGAGUGCGGCGUUGUCGAGGGCAAGGAGUGAACGCGACCGCAAGGCGCGCCCGUUCUCGAAGCGGAGGAAGGCUCAGUCUCUAUUGAGAAGAUGCAAGAGCGUUGCCCUAAAAUACACCUGGGUGACACCUCUCGCCAUCCUCGGCGUCUUUGCCGCCCUAUACGCCAUCAACCCCACCGAGUCCAACAUAAUCAACCGCUUCAUCUUCCUCUCCUACAAGCGACCCAUCCCUGCCGGGAGCCCUGCCGGCACCGAGCACAAAUACGGCAAGGGGUACUGGGACUACGCGUUCCUGUCCUUUUACAUCGUGGUUCUAUCCUUCACGCGCGAGUUCAUCAUGCAGAUGCUGCUGCGCCCCCUCGCGGUACGCUGCGGGCUGCGCUCGCGAGCCAAGCAGUCCCGCUUCAUGGAGCAGGUGUACACGGCUAUCUACUUUGCGUGCUCGGGACCCGCGGGCAUGUACGUUAUGAGCCGCACGCCAGUGUGGUACUUUAACAUCCCCGGCAUGUACGAGGGAUUCCCCCACCGCACGCUCGCGGCCGACUUCAAGUUCUACUACCUCUUCCAGGCGGCGUACUGGGCGCAGCAGGCUAUCGUGCUGCUGUUUGGGAUGGAGAAGCCGCGCAAGGACUUUAAGGAGCUGGUGGGACAUCACAUCGUUAGUUUGUUGCUUAUUGGGCUCAGCUACCGCUUUCACUUCACUUAUAUCGGGCUGGCUGUAUAUACCACGCACGACAUUAGUGAUUUCUUCCUUGCUACAUCCAAGACCCUGAACUACAUCGACCACCCCCUCGUCGGCCCCUACUUCGGUCUCUUCACCUUUGUCUGGAUCUACAUGCGCCACUACCUCAACCUCCGCAUCCUCCUCUCCCUCUUCUUCGAGUUCAAGACCAUCGGCCCCUAUGAGCUCAACUGGGAAACAGAGCAAUACAAGUGCGACCUCUCGCACUACAUCACCGCCGCUCUACUCAGCUGUCUGCAAUGCCUCAAUCUCUUCUGGCUCUUCUCGAUCCUGCGCAUCGCAUACCGCUUCCUCUUCUUCAACGCCCUCUCUGAUGAGCGCAGCGACGCUGAGGAUGAUGAGGAGUAUGACCGCGAGUUGCGCGAUGAGAAGGAGCGGGCGGAGAGGGAGAAGAAGGAGUUACGCAGUAUUACUGGGGUCAAUGUGCCGACUAUUAAGUUGAAUGGCAGCGCGGAGGAGGUCGAGGUGACUGGUGCUUCGACGAGGGGUGCGUCUUCUAUCAGGAAGUCGCCGAGGAGGAAGGCUUAGGUUUGUGGAAUGUUCCGUGAUGAAAGAAAGACUGAUGACAUGGUUGAUGACGGCUGGCUACAUGCUGCGAUGUGGCGGCCCGGUGGGAGGAGGGUGGGAGGUGUUGGGAAGCCACCCAUGUUUAUUAUUUUUCUCUUCCUGUACACUUAUUAUCUCCAUAUUCUUCAUCGCGCGUCAGCGUGCUAAUGUCAUAGAUUUCCCUUUUCACCCCCUUUUCCCCAGGGGCUGCGCGUGCAGAAGUGCAUGUCCCAGGCGUGGGAUGGUUCUUUUCCAGAGAUUUGAUUAUAUUGCAGAUUGUGUUUCAUUGACCAAAAUAGACCUUAUUCAUCCUCACUCCCAAGCAUGCUACCAACAAUGGCAUUCAAGAGUUGGCAAAGUAGUCGCAUUAAGUCUUGUUGUCACAUCUACUUCAACCUCUUGAUAUUAGUUUCUUUGCGGUCUUAAAACGUUUAUAUAGACGAC